GACUCUUUUCCAUGGCAGCCCACCAAAACCUGGCCUUGAAGAUCUUCUGUUUAUGCUGCAAAUACUGUGAGGAGCCCAGUACCAUAGAUGACGGCAAGACCCCCAGUCAAACCCAAGAGCUUCAGCCGCCCAAGCAUGGUUUGCGGAAGGAUGAACUUGAUGGACAAAAUCCCAAGCACAAAAGCGCAACGCCCUGCAUUGUCCCAGGACAAUGCCUGAUCCGUCCAGGGAAGACAGCCUCCUGUUUCAGCAGCAGUGAGUUUGAGGAUGUGAAUUCACAUGUUUCCAAAAGAGGUUUUCACAAGAGAAACCUAAACCGCUACUCCCAGGAUCACUGGCCAUACCCGCCGUGCCGCAUUGGGAGACCCUGAACAUUCUAGACGGCUGCCCCCUCGCAGAUCUUUGAAGCUGCAUGGCUGCUGGAGUGCCUCCAGGAGGAAGAGGCGGUGAACAGGGGCCAUGAAGACCGAUUCGGAAACUCCCCCAGAGGAGGAGAAGAUGUCUGAACCACCCCCUGGGCCACCAGCGAGAAUCACUUCAGCUCCCAGAAAAGCCACUGCGGAGGAGCUGCCUCCAAUUAAAGUCUGGUGACAUCAAA